UUGCAGCUUUAACUGGUCCAUCAUGCCUUGCGGUGUCCCAGUUCUGUUCCAAUGUAAUUUACAAGUGAGGACCUCGGCGCUGAUGGGCAGAGCAGUUUGCUAACAGACUGAGUAAGCAGCAGAUGUGUUCAGCCCCUUGUCGGAUGUCCGAUGACCAUAAGGGCUCGUGUUUACAUCCGCACAGCUUCUUAGAGGUGGGGAGGUGCGCACACGGUUGACUCUGCAGGCACCGAUCGGCACGGAUUAACUGGGGAGGUUCUCCAACGACUGGCUCGCUUUACGUAUGCCUGUGGGAAGUAUUGGGUUUUUAUUCAAGUGAGAUAUACGGAGGCUGCAGAACAUAACGAGAGUAGAUGCUGCCACACAGAGAGCGCUACAGCUGAAACGAGGAUGGAAAUAGAACGCUAAUAACUCCCCCUUGUGGUUUGGAGGAAUGAGGGCCUCCGGAUGAAGGCCAUGGAGCUGAAAGUGUGGGUGGACGGAGUGCAGCGCAUUGUGUGCGGGGUCACGGAGUUCACCACGUGCCAGGAAGUGGUCAUUGCUUUGGCACAAGCCAUUGGACAGACUGGUAGAUACACUUUGAUUGAGAAAUGGCGGGAGACCGAACGUCACCUGGCUCCACAUGAAAACCCUGUAGUGUCCCUCAACAAGUGGGGUCAGUAUGCCAGUGACGUGCAGCUCAUCCUUCAACGAACUGGCCCGUCUGUUAGCGAGCGGCCAACCUCUGAAGGGCUGCCUCGCGUCCCAGAACGGGGGCUCUACCGCCAGAGCCUUCCACCCUUGGCCAAGCUCCGCCCAUCAGGGACAGACCGCUCACUUAAACGAAGAGAGCCCAAACGCAAGUCACUGACUUUUACUGGCGGUGCCAGAGGUCUGAGGGAAAUAUUUGGAAAAAGCAGAGAUACUGAUGCCAAACAAUCCCAGCAGGGCGGUGUGAGUCUGAACCUGAGCAGAGUUGGAGGGGGUGGAACAGCUUCUGUACCUGGGAGCCCGGCCAGAGAACUGGGCCGACUGGUGCAGCUACAAAGAGACAAACUCCAAGCCCUCGAGAGCCGUCUGCUGGGCUGUGAGGCAGAGCUGCGAGACUGGGAGGAAGCCACUGGCGAGGCCAGUGAAGAAGGAAACUUGGAAGAUGAGCUGCUGCUUUUGGAGCAGCAGGUGAGGAGGAACGAUGCUGAGAUGGAGGAGGAGGAAUUCUGGGAAAAUGAGCUGCAGAUCGAGCAGGAGAGCGAGCAGCAGCUGCGGCAUCAGCUAGCCGAGCUGCAGGACCACGUGCAUGACUGCGAGGCCAAGCUUUUAGAGUACUUAGCACGCAUUCAGAGCAUGGAGACAGGCCUGGAACAGGAGCGGCUGCAGCAAGAGGCUGAGCUCAGCCAGAAGGUCAAAGAGGAGGAGGUGCAAGGCCAGCUGGAAAAAGUGAGGGCAGAGUUGGAAAUGCAAAGCCAACAAACAGCGCGGCUGGAGAGCAGCUGCAGGGCGUUAGAGCGCUCACUUUGCCAGUCAGGCAAGAGAUUACAGGAGAAGGAGCAGGAGCUGGAGCGGCUGACAAAAGAGCUUCGACAGGUCAAUCUGCAGCAGUUCAUUCAGCAGACUGGUACCAAGGUCACUGUGCUUCCUGCUCAACCCACCGGAGAGAACGACGAGGUGGAGUGUGGCUCUCUGAAACGACUCGGCUCCUCUCGACUCCUACCCAGUGACCUUCGCGCCCUGCAGACCGCUGUCUGCUCCAGCCUCAAUCCAGAAGGCAUCUAUGUUUGACCACAAACUGUCCAGAGAGACAGCCCAGCAACCGGAUGUUACUGGGCCACAUUCUGUACCCUGAAAACGUAAGAAAUGACUCCACAACUGUUGAAGUGGUUUUUAGCUCUGCACUGGAGUGGCAUUUCCAGUUUAUGAAAAAAGAUUUUUUUAAAGAAAAACCUGAAGAGAGAUCUUGCAUCUGUUUUGCAUCUUCCCUGCACUGCCUCCAUCUCACUGGGACUGGAAUUUAAACUGAUGUCAGUAUAUAUUAGCAUACUAACAUUUAACAUGCUGUCUGAACUCUGAUAGAUGGGUAAGUUUGCUCCUGAAUCACGGAUGAAAUGAAGUUGCUGGAUACAGAUUUAAAAAAAAAAAAAAACUAAGCCAGCAGAUCUGCUCUUUGGGCACAUGGACCCUUGGCAUGACCACUGCAAACAGACUGUAUUUGUGUGCUGUGUAUCAUGAGAGGAUUUUAGGAGUUUUGACGUAUAUACUUGUAUACAUACACAAGAAAUAACAAAUGCAUGAGCAUGCACAAACAGACACCACACCUGUGCUAUAACCGUAGCCAUAUCUGAUUGCCUUACUCUGGUGUUUUAAAGCCAGGCAGUAAAUGUAAUGUUGAACAGAACAUUAUGUGCCAUAUGAAUUUGAUUAAAUGCUUAGCUCCAGUUCAGGUAAUUCCUGAUUAUUACAACUGAUGUCAGUGUAACUCAGCUUUGAGUCUUUUUUUAUAUACAUAUAUAUAUUUGAAUGGGAAAUAAAUUAUAAAUUAAAUUAAAAACUCCACCUGUCCUGAGAUAAAUAUUUUAAAAAGUUAAUAGCAGACUUAAUAGGCCUGCAACUCUAAUAUGUGAGUGAAAGAACAAUGUAAGAGGCCUUUACAUCUGAACUGUUAUAGCAGCAUAAGAAAUGCAGUGUUAAUAAUAUUACCACCAGGUGGCGACAAAACAUAUUAUUUAGGCAACUGUGUAAAAAGUAAUUUCUGGAACUGACAUAAGUAUGUAUUCAUGUAUAAUACUCAUGGACAAUUGUGCAAGUUGUUUUAAAACUAAGCCUCAGCACUUUAGCUUUCAGUGUAUAAAGGUGCCACUAAAUUUUUUCUUCUGAUUUUUAACAUUUUAACAAACUAAAGAUGUCUCAUAUGAACCAAAGCUAGUGUAAAAAAAUAAUAAUAGUAAAGAAAUAGCUAGAUGAAUGUGGGUGUUGUUCCGCUUGGGUCAAAUGAUUUCAUACAGUGUUUUUUGUGGGUUGCUGUUUUGUUAAGUGUGUCACACAGGAGGAAACAGUUUGUGAAAAAAGGAAAAUACUGAGAUUUUUCUGUUUUAGGCUAACCCUACUAACACAAACUGAAUGAAAAUGCUGUAAAUUUGCUCUAAAACUGGUACAAAGAUCAAUAAAAAUAGGUUCUUUUCAAUCCAAAGAUGAAGGCCAACAUUCCUCGCUUGCAACUAAAGUCCCCAUCAAAUCAAAACGGAUUUUUAGGUGGGUUAUAUGAUAUGCCUUACACAAUGCACCACUCAUAAACCAUUAUCUGGUUCAACAAAGACAAAAAUAACUCAUUCAAGGUAUUCUUAAUUCUUAUUAUAUAGUCUUCAGUUUCCUAAAAUAUAGCCUGGGAACAGACUGUAGAUAAACAAGCAAUUAUAACUCAGUUUGCUAUUUAAUGGUAACUUAAAACAUGUGCUAGACAUGUUGAACUCUGUUUUUCCCACAGAUUUCUGCUUUGAAUCAAUAAGAAGAGGAAAUUCUUCUUUUUCAGAGCUUUUUUGAUUUGUGCAGCUAUAAAUGAUUUAUUCUAAUUAACAAACCUGUAUUUUCUUUGCAGUUUUGUUUUUUUAUUUUUUCCUCUGGUGUGAUAAACAGCCACAGUCUUUGCAAUGACUUCAUUUGACUAGCUGGAUUAUUUGAUAAUGAACCCAUGUAAAGACAUUCAUGUUUGUGCUGUAAUGAGAAAGUGCGUUCCACUCUUAUCUAGCUUUAGUAGCUUGCUUUUUAAGCUCAAAGGUAACUGAAGACAUUCACAUUACAAGUUUUCUAAGUCCUUUCUGUGAUUGUUCAAUCACAGAGUAUUGCAGUGUUAUUGUCAUGGUAACAAUCUCAGCUCUUACAUGAGACAGUAACAAAGGAACCACAGCCCUCGCUGAUGGAAAGUUUUGAAUAAUGGCAUGCCUUAUUCGUAAAAGAAAAAAGUACAUGUCUACAUAUCACAUCCGACUAUGGACUAUUUUUACAGUAGAUUGAAGUCUGUUAUAUGCAGAGUGCCGGUUUAUAAACACUGUGUGCAUGCUAAUGUGUGCUUGGUUUAUUUGGACUCCAAUUAGUGGCUCAGAGCACAUAGUUUUAUCUUCUUUUGGCCUUGUUGACUCAUAAUGAUGGACGAACUUAGCAGAAAAAUGGAAAAACCUCCUUAUUAUUUUCAUGCCUUUUUAGUUAAGUUUUGGCCAAAGUAACAUUUAUGAAUACAAAAGAGAUUUUUGUUUCACUGAAACAUGACAAGUUGAUCAUCAUUACUGGUUAUAUCUUUUCCAUCCCUCUUCAUGCUUAAAGACAUUGCCAAUAAUUGGCUUCUGUUGUGCCAUCAGUGGCGUUUUUUAGUGAUAGUGCAUAAAUAAAUGGGAUGAUGGAGACAUGAUGGAAACAGCCAUCCAGGGGUUUUAAAAGCUAUUUAAGAAAUGCUGCAGCUCAGGGAUAUUUCAAGACACAGAAUUACCCAGACAGAAUGGACAGAAAGUAAUUCUGGAUAAAUGCUUUUCACAAUGUCUGGACCCAUUUGACAAGCUGAGUCCAGUGUUUGCUUUUAUGGGGCCUUUAACAGUUUGACAGGUUGUAGCAGUGGCUCCAAAACACAAUGCAGCAAAUACAGCUGAAAGAGAUGUUGCUAUUUGUGGAAGCUUGUCCACUUUGUGUGCCAUGUGUAAUGAAAGAUACACCAUUAUACAUGCGAGUGCAAUCUUGGGUUUUAAUGACGUCAAAAGGGUUUGUGGUGUUGUUCUGUUCUUGAAGCACCCCUCAAAGUGUUUACAUCAAUACUUCACUGUAAACAUCAUGCUUAUUGAAUGAUCUGUGCUUUUAACAUCAAUUACUAACAUAAAAUCUAAAGAAAAGAAUAUGGUAUAUUCAAAUUGUUAUUAUAAUUUUGUAUUGUCUACGCAUGAAGUCACAUACUGUAUUUUUUUAUCUGUUGAGAUUUAUCCAAUUUUCCUCUUCAGUUACGGUAAAGACAAAAUGCUAAAGAUCAAAUUAAUAAUGUAAAAUGUAUAAAUAAGUGAUUAAAAAGUAUUUAAAAACAUCCCAGAAAUCAUCAAUAAACUGCUAUAUAGAACUGAA